AUUUUAAUUCCGUCAGUCUUCAAGUAUAAAAUUAUUGACUUCAAAUAAAUCAAAGUACAAUUCAAGUCGCCAUUUUCAUUACACUUUUCCGUCACUCGAAGUGCGUCCAUCUGGCACAUCCAUCGGAAAAUAGUGUUUAUGUCGUCAUUCGAUAUUCGAUCAUCCUAAUACAUGAUCGAAUAUGUCGUUUCUACUUUAUUCUAUCUCGAUGAUCACGGGUCUUCGGAAAGUUCGGUUCUUUUUGAGUUUUUGAACGGGUCGUUCAUGAACGACACAUCUCUACUUUUGCCUUCAACUGUUGACUUCUGACUUUGACGUACAAUGACAUGUGGUAUACAUAAAAAGCGUGGUCCUAGAUGUUUUGUAUAUAUACAGGUUUCGAAUUUUAACUUUAACUUAACAUUAUAAUGCCUUCCAAUAAACGAAUAGCUUUUUGUGUUUCCGAAAAAAAAUUACAGAAAUUGAACUGGCAAGAAUUAGAGACAGUCUGCAAAAAUUAUGGUUUCGAAGUGUUCAAAUUGAAUUUAAAAGAAAGUUUGGAGUCGCAAGGUCCAUUUUGUGUGCUGGUACAUAAAAUGACGGAUGUAAUAGCCUCUGCAAAUUUAGGUGAUAUUAGGUGUGGGAAUGUGAUAGAAAAAGUCGAGCGAUAUAUAUCCCAACACCCAUCUCUUAUUGUGAUAGACCCGCUAGCAAAUGUAAGAAAACUAAUAGAUAGGUGUAGCUGUUACAGUAUUAUCCAUUCCACUAAUUUAUCUACUUACGACGUAUUUACACCAAAUUUUUGUACCCUCAGAAGCGGCGACAGAGACUCCUUAAAGCAACAAUUAAAAAUAGCCAACGUCACAUAUCCCUUUAUCUGUAAGCCGAUUUUGGGCCAUGGGAGCAAAGCGCACGAAAUGUCGCUGAUUUUCAACGAGAAAUCUUUAGGAGAUAUUAAAACGCCAUGUGUAGCACAAAGUUUUAUACAACACAAUGCCGUAUUGUUUAAAAUAUUCAUAGCCGGGGACAAACAUUUUUACGUGGAACGGCCUUCCUUGAAGAAUUUCCAGGCUUGUGAUAAUAGAGACACUAUAUACUUUGAUACGAGUGAUGUCUCCAAGUCUGAUUCAAAGAGCAGGCUUUGUGUGUUGGAUCCCGAAGACGUUAUGAUGGAGAAACCAAAACCUGAUGAUAAGAUUUUAGAUGUCAUUGCAAAUACUUUGAGGAAGGCAUUUGGGAUGGACUUGCUAGGUGCUGAUGUAGUCAUCGAUAAAUCUACUGGAAAAUAUGCCAUCAUAGAUGUAAACGCUUAUCCAGGUUAUGAUGGCUUUCCAAAUUUUUUCGAAGCUCUGCUGGAGUGCAUUUCCAAAAAAAUCUCAUCAGACUUUACAUAGAAGCUAAAAUUACUUUAUUUAUUAUCUACUUCAACAAUUAAAAUUACCUACUCGCAAAAUAAACCUAUUUAAGAAUAAUACUGCCAAAAAUACAUAAUAUUGCUCAAAGCAAACAUGUUAUGUCAUAGGAUAUAUUUAUAAUUUUUAUAGCCUGUUUAUAUUUAUAUUAUUAAAGCUUAAAAAUGAAAAUUA